AUGAAAGACUCCUGGAUUAAAGUGGCUACUAUUCCUUGCGCUGAUGCACCUAGGACUUGUUUCAAUCAAUCAGUUUGCGAAUCGAGGAAUGGUGAAAUAUUGUGCAUCAUACGCACAGCUUUAUUCCUUUGCGAUCCAAAGACGAACACAUCGAGGAGGUGUCCACAUAUUGGUACUAUUGGAGAAGCGAUUAUGUAUGUUGAGAGCUUAGUUAGGACUUGUUUCAAUCAAUCAGUUUGCGAAUCGACGAAUGGUGAAAUAUUGUGCAUCAUACGCACAGCUUCAUUCCUUUACGAUCCAAAGACGAACACAUCGAGGAGGUGUCCACAUAUUGGUACUAUUGGAGAAGCGAUUAUGUAUGUUGAGAGCUUAGUUCCGCUGUAAUGUCCCCAUGAGACUGCAGGUAAAUGGUAGUGGAUAGAGGCAUAGAGCAAUGAUUUUCACUUUUCUACUGCAUUCAUAUUAGCAACU